AUGAAACAGAUAUGUUCUGGAUCAAUAAUUCGUGCCCAGUUUGCUUAUGAACAUUUGUUAACAGUUACUGGUCGUCAUGAUAUCAGUUUUGAAAAAUUUAAAGAUUACAUUGUUACGCAUAAUACCAAUUUAAUCAAAAUAUAUUCUCGUCGAAAUCAAGGGACUUAUAUUAUAAUGUCAACCCCUGAGCAGUAUGGUGAUCUGGUGAUAAAGAAAAAUGAAAGUUUUGACGAUAUCUUAACGUUUGUUACACAUGAUAACAAUACAGCAUUAUUCAAAUAA